UCUGGAGCAUUUUGCAGAAUCUGGAUGGGAAAGUAUGCUUCCCUUAAUACCAUUAGAGCUGAGGAGAAGGGUGUAGAUAUGGUUUGUAGUACUGCCUUUCAUUCCCAUCAACUCCAGUACUGCUUCUCCCUUUCAUACUCAGUCUAACCUGACUUAAUAUUCUGCUUCAAAAGACGGCAAUUAAACAAAAGGUCUGUGCUUUGUGCCAGCAUCUUUGAAGCCAACCAUGAGACUCCAUUCCCAGAGGAUGAAAGAUAAUUUCCAAGGAGGCCUAAAAUUUCUAGAGCAUUAACAAAGUAAGUGGAUGGUUUCAGUGAAUGACUGUAUUUAUUAAUAAUUGCAUUAACUGCCUCUUAUGGGUCUACACGUGUUGAUUUUUGCAUUAUUAUUCUGGUAACCAGCUCAGUCUUUUCAACACCAGGGAGGUGCAGUGAGUGAUUGCUGGUGUUUCUGCCUGGAGAAAGUGAAGAAAAUGAAGUUUGUCAAGGGACAAAUAACAAGUUGACCCAACUGGGACAUGUGGAAGACCAUUUCACCAGCCUGCAGAGGAUGUACAACAAUUGUGAGGUGGUACUCAGCAACCUGGAGAUUACAUAUGUGGAGCACAAUCGAGAUCUCUCUUUCCUGAAGACAAUACAGGAGGUUGCAGGUUACGUGCUCAUCGCACUUAACAUGGUGGAUGUCAUUCCCCUCGAAAACCUCCAGAUUAUCCGAGGCAAUGUGCUCUAUGACAACUCUUAUGCCCUGGCAGUUUUAUCCAACUACCACAUGAAUAAAACCCAAGGACUCCGACAGCUGCCAAUGAAGCGGCUUUCAGAAAUUCUCAAUGGAGGUGUUAAAAUCAGCAACAACCCCAAACUGUGCAACAUGGACACUGUUCUUUGGAAUGACAUCAUUGACACAAGCAAGAAGCCUCCCACAGUGCUUGAAUUUGCGAGCAACCUGUCUUCUUGUCCCAAAUGCCAUCAGAACUGCACAGAAGACCACUGCUGGGGCCCUGGUGAACAAAACUGCCAGACAUUAACAAAAGUCAUCUGUGCUCAGCAGUGCUCGGGUCGGUGCAGGGGAAAGGUGCCCAGCGAUUGCUGCCACAACCAGUGUGCUGCGGGGUGCACUGGCCCUCGGGAGAGUGACUGCCUGGCAUGCCGCAAGUUUCGGGAUGAUGCUACAUGCAAGGAUACGUGUCCCCCAUUGGUCCUGUAUAACCCUACCACUUACCAGAUGGAUGUGAACCCUGAAGGAAAAUACAGCUUCGGAGCCACUUGUGUGAAGGAGUGUCCACACAACUACGUGGUGACAGACCACGGCUCCUGUGUUCGCUCAUGCAACGCUGAUACUUAUGAAGUGGAAGAAAAUGGUGUUCGAAAGUGUAAAAAGUGUGAUGGGCUAUGCAGCAAAGUGUGCAAUGGCAUCGGAAUAGGUGAACUUAAAGGGAUCCUCUCCAUAAAUGCCACAAAUAUCGAUUCCUUCAAAAACUGUACCAAGAUCAAUGGGGACGUCAGCAUUCUCCCGGUUGCAUUUCUAGGUGAUGCCUUUACAAAGACCCUACCUUUGGAUCCCAAGAAGUUGGAUGUCUUCAAAACAGUCAAAGAAAUAUCAGGAUUUUUGUUGAUUCAAGCCUGGCCUGAGAAUGCUACUGAUCUCUAUGCUUUCGAAAAUCUGGAGAUUAUACGAGGCAGAACAAAGCAACAUGGCCAGUAUUCCCUUGCUGUUGUUAACUUGAAAAUACAGUCCCUAGGACUGCGGUCCCUCAAGGAAAUAAGUGAUGGAGAUGUUGCUAUUAUGAGGAACAAGAACCUCUGCUAUGCUGAUACCAUGGACUGGCACAGCCUUUUUGCAACUCAGAGCCAGAAAACGAAGAUUUUACAGAAUAGAGAUAAAAAUGAGUGUGCUGCUGCCAAGCAUGUUUGUGACCCCCUGUGCUCAGACGUAGGCUGCUGGGGCCCAGGGCCCUUCCAUUGCUUCUCCUGCAGGUUUUUUGAUCGUCAGAAGGAAUGUGUGAAACAGUGCAACAUCUUGCAAGGGGAGCCAAGAGAAUUUGAAAAGGACUCUAAGUGCCUCCCCUGCCACCCUGAGUGCCUGGUGCAAAACUCCACCAUGUACAAUGCAACCUGCACUGGACCUGGUCCUGACAACUGCAUGAAGUGUGCCCAUUUUAUAGAUGGCCCCCACUGUGUGAAAUCCUGCCCAGCAGGGGUUCUGGGUGAGAAUGAUACCCUCGUCUGGAAAUAUGCUGAUGUGAAUAAUGUUUGCCAGCUCUGCCAUCCCAACUGCACCCGGGGGUGCAAAGGGCCAGGUCUUGAAGGCUGUCCAAAUGGCUCCAAGAUCCCCUCCAUCGCAGCCGGUGUUGUCGGAGGCCUGCUGUGCCUGGUGGUGGUGGGCCUGGGCAUCGGCCUGUACCUGCGCAGACGCCACAUCGUCAGGAAGCGCACGCUGCGCCGGCUGCUGCAGGAGAGGGAGCUUGUUGAACCACUGACACCCAGCGGGGAGGCACCAAACCAGGCUCAUCUGAGAAUUUUAAAGGAAACAGAAUUUAAAAAGGUCAAAGUUUUAGGCUCUGGAGCUUUUGGCACUGUUUAUAAGGGACUUUGGAUCCCAGAAGGAGAGAAGGUUAAAAUUCCUGUUGCUAUUAAAGAGUUGAGAGAGGCUACAUCACCAAAAGCCAACAAAGAAAUACUUGAUGAAGCUUAUGUGAUGGCUAGUGUUGACAAUCCUCAUGUGUGUCGCUUGUUGGGAAUCUGCCUCACUUCUACUGUUCAGCUCAUCACACAGCUGAUGCCUUACGGCUGCCUCCUGGAUUACAUCCGAGAGCACAAGGACAACAUCGGCUCUCAGUACCUCCUCAACUGGUGCGUGCAGAUUGCAAAGGGAAUGAACUAUCUGGAGGAACGGCGCCUGGUGCACCGUGACCUUGCUGCCAGGAACGUCCUUGUUAAGACUCCUCAACACGUGAAAAUCACAGACUUUGGGCUGGCAAAGCUGCUCGGUGCAGAUGAGAAGGAAUAUCAUGCAGAGGGAGGCAAGGUUCCUAUUAAAUGGAUGGCAUUGGAAUCAAUUUUACACCGGAUUUACACUCAUCAAAGUGAUGUCUGGAGUUAUGGUGUGACAGUUUGGGAGCUGAUGACGUUUGGGUCCAAGCCAUAUGAAGGGAUCCCUGCCAGUGAGAUCUCCUCUGUCCUGGAGAAGGGCGAGCGUUUGCCACAGCCCCCCAUCUGUACCAUCGACGUGUACAUGAUCAUGGUCAAAUGCUGGAUGAUCGAUGCAGACAGCCGUCCCAAGUUUCGUGAGCUGAUAGCUGAAUUCUCAAAAAUGGCCCGUGAUCCUCCACGCUACCUUGUUAUACAGGGAGAUGAUAGAAUGCACCUGCCCAGCCCUACGGACUCCAAGUUUUAUCGCACCCUGAUGGAGGAGGAGGACAUGGAAGAUAUUGUGGAUGCAGAUGAGUACCUUGUGCCACACCAGGGCUUUUUCAACAGCCCUUCAACAUCUCGCACUCCUCUCCUGAGUUCAUUGAGUGCUACCAGCAAUAACUCUGCUACAACCUGCAUUGACAGGAAUGGGCAGGGGCACCCUGUGCGGGUAGACAGCUUUGUCCAGAGGUAUAGCUCAGACCCAACAGGUGCUUUCUUGGAGGACAGCAUAGAUGACAGCUUCCUACCAGCCCCAGAGUAUGUAAACCAAUUGGCGCCCAAAAAAGCAUCUGCCUCAGCAGUCCAGAAUCCAAUCUACAACAACUUCUCUCUCACAGCAAACUCAAAGGUCCCCACAGACUCCAGCUACCAGAAUUCACACAGCACAGCUGUGGACAACCCCGAGUAUCUCAACACCAACCAGUCUCCCCUGGCCAAGACAGUCUUUGAGAGCUCUCCCUACUGGAUCCAGGCAGGCAACCACCAAAUAAACCUGGACAAUCCUGACUACCAGCAGGACUUCUUACCGAAGGAAACCAAACCUAACGGUCUCCUGAAAGUUCCCGCAGCAGAAAACCCAGAGUACUUGAGGGUAGCGGCACCAAAAAGUGAAUACAUUGAAGCCUCAGCAUGACCAUAGGGAAUUUCUUCUUGCAGCAAGGCAAGCUGGAUAAGUGAACUGUUGGCUGCUGCAAGAGUGGACUCUGGCUCAGAGCAAAUGGCAACCACAAUGCAUCAAAAAGCACCUCUGCUUUUCAGCGUGGGGCUUUGAAACUGCAAAGCCUGUCUGAUGGUAGUUUGGGUCUUUCCUUUCCCGUUUCCAUGUAAUAACUGAGGCCCAUAUCCUGUGCUCAGAUGCAUGUUGGGAUGGAGCAGGAUCUUCCUGGACUGAAGAAAUAUGGAUGCAUUCCUUUCAUUUUCAAAUGGUAGCAUGGUAUAAAGCCACUCUGGGAUGAACUUGAGAGCUGUACACAUUGUACAGCCAAAUUCCUUUAUACAUUCUGUAUUUUUAUAAAUGUUUCUAACAGAAUUUUUGGAUCUUUUACAAGAUCAGAUGCUUGUACUGCUCGUCUGCUAAGUGUUGCUCAGAUCACCAGCAGGAAAAAGAAUUAUGUUCCAAAUCUCCUGGAACUGAAGCUGUUAUUCCAAACCACCAGAUUUUUACAAAUUGGCUCCAUGUACUGCCUUUUGGCCCAAAGGUGAGAAGUGUAUCUGAGGGAUGUAUGGGCAAUUCUGCUCAGGGCAGUAUGGAGAGGAUUGGUCUGAGGAAAACUAGCACAAGGAGCAAAAUGGCACAAUGCAUCACUUGCUGACCACUACUGCUACAAACUGACAAGAGGAACAGGCCUCCAAGUCACCUAUACAUGAUUAUAAAGUGUUCACUAGUCUGUUUUCUGAUGGUCAAACCCAAGACUUUUUUUUGUUCUGAUCCCUUAUGCAGCUGUCAAGUUGUCAAAAUGCCUUUCUUCUUCAACAAAACUGUUAAAGAUGUUGCCGUAACUGAAAAAUGAAGUGUCAGAUAAUGUUUAACAGACUUUGAUUAAAUGCCAAGGAAAUGCAAAUAGGGGCAAUUUGGAGCACUCAUGAGACAGACUGGAAGAACUCCACUAAAUUAAACUUGACUAAGGCAAGAAACACAGGUAGCUCUAGCUGAGCAGCUUUAUUUCCCUUUCUAAAGGGGCUCAAAGCAGAAAUAAUUUUCCCUUAUACAUUUGGCAAAGAAAAGGGGUAUCCAAGUAGUACACCUCACUGACUUCAAGGCAAAAUACUGCCAAUUGUCCCAUGCUGGGGCAGAGGCUGGGGCUGGUUACAUGUCCUUUUGGGGUUACUACUGGCAAUGCAGGAGUAGCAGUGAGAAAUAAUCUCCCUCUUCUGAAGCACAGGGUUGCCUACUGCUUCUUUGAAAUCAGCAGCAUCAUCUUCUGGUUGUUAGUGUGGUAUAGGCAGGCAAGGCAAGACUAAGAUUUUGGCUUGAUAAUAUAAAUCAGUCACAGCAGCAAAGGCAGCUACUCUUUCCAGUGACCCAUAAAAUUAUUCCAUCACUAACGUUUCUUAUGAAUGUAGGAGGAGUAAAGUGCCUAAAGUAUGAAUUUAGUCAGUCCUUUAGAUGCAUCCCACCAGCAGUUUUGCAGUGCUAUUUUAAUCAAACCACUAGGCCAGAAGGCAAAUUCUCAUUUGUGGACAAAGGCUCUUAACUAGUUGAAUGUUGGCAACUUGCUUGAGGGUAGCAAAGGCAGCUGACUUGGAGAGGAUCUUUAUUCUUAAUAUAAAGUAGCAAGAUAGAGUCAGAUUUACGCUGCUGCUGUGUUUUGAAUACAUCAUUAUGUGUU